ACUGUAAGGUUCAUCUCCUCCGUCAGCUACCGUUGUGCUUCUGAUAAACAUCAAACUUCUUCAAUUCCAGAAAUGCGCCUCCUGAAACCUCAAAUUCCAGAAAAAGCAAUCACAUAUAUACCUCAAACGCCAUCUCCACAACCUCAAUUCUCUGUCUUCCUGUUUUACACCUGAGGCAGCCUCCUAUUACUCCUUAAGUCCCAAUUAGAAUGGCUUUGAUGAAAAAUGCUACAGAUGCAAUGAAGGAGUCUCAGAUUUCUGAUCUCAUUGCAUCGCUAAAUGCACUUCAAUACAGAAGAAUGGAUUUUGAAGAGUUAUGUGCCGCUGCAUUAAGUGUUCAUCAGCUCGAGGCACUUGAUCUUUGCGAACAACAUGCUCGAUGUGUGUGUUUGAACUUUUUGAGAGGGAUGGAAACAGAGCAAUUGUCAUUGAAGAACUUGCUUCAGAACUUGGAUUUGGUCCCUCAAUCCCGCUUCAUAUGGUUCUCCAUGACUGGAUUAGGCACACUGAUGGGAACGUGGAUUUGUUGCAUGGUGUGUCCAGCCAGAUGUUUGUGAAAGCACAGUGAAGAUAUAGAGCAUUAUUUGUGUAUGCUUUUUAGCCAAACGAGAUGUGCUACGUGUUGAUAGACAUGGUGCUUGUGCCCAAUGAUUGAAUUUCAAGAUUUGGAGGCAAGAUGGCCAAUUUACAAUCUGCUUUGGCACACAAUGAAUGAGGCUUCCCUGCCAAUUGGUGGAGAGGGGUUUGAGCUUCCCGUACACUGCAGGUGCAAGCUUGGUUACCAGUUUGAAUGCUGUGUUGUUGAUACUGUGAGUGUAAAGCUGUAGUUAGUUUGCCUAAAUGGGUAAUUACAUAUUCUUCAAUUCCUUAGAUGUAUUGUACACGUUGAAUUAACCUCGUCUCCAACAUCUGUCUAG